AUGGCGCUGCCUCAAAACCAAUGUGAGCCUACCGAAGUUCAAAUCUAUCCUCCUCGGCCUCUAAUCGCGGUCCCUCCAAUUCCAGCUGCGCUGUUGGGGCACCAGGUCGGCAUCUUCCCAGCUUACAUCACGGUCCAGACAGAGACCCUCACCGUCAGAGAAAAGCUAGGGUCAUACAACGGCGGUGAAUUAGAGGUUCAACAUGUCAAUGGUCUGCCUAUCCUCAAGGUUGAGUGGAAGGUGAUGAGCAUCUCUGGACGCAAGAUGGUCUAUGACAUGAGAUGCAACCAUCUUUUUUCCAUCGUCAGGAGGCAUCUCCAUUUCCGUACCAGGUAUGUUGUAGAAGACCCUCAAGGAAGGGAACUUAUGAAUGUGAGGAGCAGCUUCGGGCUUUUCUGUUCUAAAGCCACAGCUACCUUCAAUUCGCUCGACGGUUCAGCAGAGGUUCUUGAGAUGAAAGGUUGCUGGCGCGACUAUAGUGCUUGCAUCGUUGACACGAUCUCGGGCAACGUGGUGGCACGUAUCAGCCGCACAAUUAGCAGCCGGGAUUUGCUAUUUGGCCAACAAACAUACGCGCUCGAAGUUAUGCCCCGUGUUGAUAUGGCUCUCAUCGUAGCAAUUUGCAUUUGCUUUGAUGAGAGAAACAAUGAGAACAGGGCUGGUUGAAAGGACUUGAUUAAGAAUAUUUGUGAUACCCAGAGGACUGCACGAUGGAUCGAAUGAGUGGUGCUCGGGACUGACCGCGACCUGUGUUGAGAGUCAGCAUUGCCAAGCGUAACUUUCAUAUCCUAGGAUGUGGAAACGAGAUUGAGCAAUUGUUUUGCUGGCCAUGCUCAAAGGUUCAACAUAGGUAGUGAUAGAGACUAAGUCCCACACACGCGCCUG